CUCUUUCUCCGGUAUCGGCAUUUAUUCUGAGGACAAAUCUUUCUACGUCGAGGUUUCCUACCCCUUUUGGUUCUUCAAAAUGCCGCUGCCAUUACCCGGUGAGGAUAAUCAAGCGCAAUUCAUGUUUACGGUAGCUAGGCUCACGCCUGGCAGCAGCCAGCCACGCCGCCUAGAGAACGAUGAACAGGAGAUGUUCAAAUGCAUGCAGCUGUACAAACUUGGGGUGCCUCUUUAUACCCGUGAGGCUAUUCUGAAUGCGUACGGUCAGCUGAAGGCCAGCAAACGUGGCGAUAUCAUCAAGAUCACAGCCAUAGACGGCACUAGUGUCGACUUUAUCAUCAAUACUGGCAGAGUCUGGAUUGGUGCCGAUGGGUAUGAGCGUGAGCUUGGGAAACCCCGUCUGUGUUUCAUGCCCAUCCAGAGACUUGAGAGCUGUGUUGUUCCCGAUCAACUGCACACCAUCCCCUGCAGCAUUCGCGUCGCCCACCGAGUUGCCACGCGCGAUCCGAUCACCAAGGAGAGAUUCGAGUAUGGGGUUACCGCCUUCGAGAAGGUCCGGCUGAACCUCUUCACCACGCUCCACUUCUGGCGGAAUAGCCCCUACUACCAGCUGCUCCGGUACCUGCUGGACGAUUACCCCAAGAUGCCGCGGAUCACCAAGAUCAUCGGGUUCGACUGCGGCAGUAUGUCCCGCGACUUGCAAGGCCAGCUCUCCAACAACUCCCGUGCCCGCUACCAGCAUGCGUUCCUCAUCGCGCUGAAGGAGUACCUUGACGCCCGCAACUUCGAGACCACGGGGCAGGAGGUCCGCGUGUACGUGCAGCAUGAGAUGUACCUUGAGCGGGACAUCGAGGUCAUCCGGCAGUUCGGGGUACAGGUGCUCCAGGACCCGGAGGGGUUCCUCGUUGUCGAUGAGGAGACCGUGAUUUUCUCAUGUCGACCCGAAUGUCCGGUGAGACAGGUUGUGGCCGACCUGGCGAUGCCGGCAAUGAUGAUCUGGGACCAUGAGAGGGAUCCAGCCAAGGUCAACGGGAUGUCUGUGCAGCGCAUUUUUGACCCCUGGUCCACUCGCCUGGACACUAUGAUGCGGUUCUACCAUGUGCAGGAAUUUGUCAACGAUGAGAUCAAUUUCGGUAAGAUGGAUGUGUGUAUUCGUCGCCCUAUGGCAGAUGUGUAUCACGACUUGAAUGAUCCGGACCCCGGCAGCGAGGCGAACAUUGCCCAGCCAGUCGCGUAA